AUUCACCUGCGCAGCUUCAACAAGAACGGCGCUCGAUUCUUGCAGAAAUUGGCUUUCAAUAUUCUUAUUUCUCGCAGCCUAUGAACAGAAAAUAAGCCAUCGCUCAGCUGUUGACCACACAACCAUGGAUCAAAAUGAACUGGAACAAAAACACAGGAAUGAACGGAAAGAAUUGCAAGCUAAGAUUCAAGGAAUAAAGAAAGCUGCACCGAAAGGAGACAAGAAGAGGAAGAAAGAAGCAACCGAAGAGAUCGCUAGACUAGAAGCAGAACUUGAUCAGAGGCAUCAGGCUGAGCUUGAGGCUAACGAGGCAGCUGUACCUCUGGAUGCAGCUCAGAAUGAGGUAGCAACGGAAGAAAUGCUUGGAGGACUAGACAUCAAUGAAGAAUCAGGAGAUAAACCUCAGAAGCUUUCAAAAGCACAGAAAAGAAGAAAUAAGAAAGCUCAAGAAGAAAAGGAGAAGGUAGAAAGGAUAGCCAUCGCAGAGAAGGAUAAUGUAAACAGUGCAAGAAACAUUGAGAAUAAACAGUUUGCAUGUAUCACAUCAAAGAGAAAUCUACAAAUAAAACAGAUACCAUCAGAUGGUCAUUGUUUGUACAAUGCAGUGGUUCAUCAACUAUCCUUACAGGGUAUUGAGGAGAAAAUGGAGUUGGUUAGACAGAAGGUAUCAGAUCAUAUGAAAUGCAAUAUCGAUGAGUUCUUGUGCUUCCUGACAAAACCUGAUACAGGAGACAUGUUGACACCAGAUGAAUAUGAGAAGUAUUGUGAUGAUGUUGCUAACACAGCUGAUUGGGGUGGUCAUCAUGAGAUGAAAGCCAUAACAGAGGUAUACAAGAAACCCAUUGAAGUACUGCAGGCAGAAGGUCCACUACUGAAGAUGGGAGAAGAGUUCAAAGGUCAUCCUAUUAUGCUAUCGUACCACCAUCAUGCAUACGGCCUUGGAGAGCAUUACAACUCAGUGAUGGAGAGAGAGAAGAAACUAGCUGAAGAUGAAACAUAACACACAGCCAUACACCUAGACCCGAGUGAACCAGGCUGUGCUGAUUAUGCAAUGUGAAUGUAUCAUGCAUAGCCAAUGCUUCUAUGACCGUGCUUAAUAGCAUUCAUUGGGAAGCUAUAUGAGGCUAUCGUGUGAGAGAAGAUACUAGCUGACAGUGACUUGCAAGACUCUGCACUAAUUUCAAGACUAUAUCAACUAUUGGCAGAUAAUUAAACAUUUAGCCUGAUGGUAGUGAAGUAAGAGAAUUGACUGAAGAGAGACGACAUAACAGGCACUGAAAAUGUGUGAGAUGUUAUGCAACAUCGUCUGCUUGUGCAAAACAUGCUUAACCUGAAAUGUCACCCCGGCCCCCCCACUCCGA